CUGCCCCAAGAGUCGGGCAUGUCCUUUCCCCCUGCGUGACCGGGUCAGUCUGGCUCGCUGCAACGGAGACAUGGGAUGCUGAAUGUGCUCCCUCCUUGUUGGAGUGGUGCCAAGGUGGCAAGGUGGUAUUACUGGUGUUACCGUAUGCCUUGUUCCGUUGUCUGUCCCGUCUGGAAGCCAGAAAGACCAAGAUAAAGAUGUGACUGUCUCAGGCGUCCUCCCACGGCCCGACCCUCCCUUCAACUCGAGUUGGAUGCGCUGCUUCUUGCCAACAUUUACUACCCCUUUUCAAAACAACACCUACCUCUACUUAUCCGCUCUCCUAAGUUCUAACCCACUCCGAAACGACAAUACGCAGAAACCAUCCCCCAAAAUGGCCGACACAGUAACCGCAUCCAUCCGCUACGUCCGGCGCGAAGACAACGACCGCCUAGCCACCGAGAAGCCCUACAUCCUACACUACGACGCCCCGGCCGGCCUCCUGCCCAACAACUUCACCAUCGAGUCCUUCCCAGGGAUCCAGGUCCGCAACCUGCGCGCCGCGGGACUGCGCUACGAGGACCACGGGAUGACCAUCGCGAAGCUGGACGAGGCCUCCAUGAGCGAGAUGCGGCGGCCGGAGCUGUUCGACGACGACGACUGGAUCGAGCGGACGUACCUCCCCGCCCUGCACCGCAGCGUGUGCGCGGCGCUGGGGGCGAAGAGCAUGACGGUGUUCGACUGGAUGCUCCGGAAGCGGUCGCCGAGCUUUCCGAAGAGGAAUGUUGGGGAGGCGGAUUGGGAGGCGGUGCAGCCUUCGCUGUCGGCGCAUAUCGAUUACACCACCAAGGAACUGGACGGGAGACUAGACCAGUACUUUGGCGAGGAGAAGGAGAAUGUCACGAAACGACGCUAUCAAGUCAUCAAUAUCUGGAAGCCACUCUCCGGUCCCUGCAGGGACUUCCCCAUGGCAUACUUGGACCCCAAGUCGGUGGACAGAGACAGGGACCUCCUCGCCGUAGACGAGGUUUUCCCCAACGUCGCCAACGAGGUCUACCAGGUGUACUACAACCCGAAGCACAAGUGGUACUACGUGCCGGACCAGCUGGAAUCCGAACUGGUGAUUUUCAACGCGUAUGAUUCCGAGACUGGACAGGUCAAUGCCGUUCCUCACUGCUCGUUCGACCUCGGGGAGCUGGGAUCCGGUAUACCGCGUCAAAGCCUCGAGGUCCGGGCUUUUGUUUUCUACUAGGGGACUUGUUUCCAGCUACCUACGGUAGAGUCUAGACCAUGGAGUAUUUGCAUACGAGCUGGAGUGGGGAUGGCAAGGAGAACGUGCAGCGUCUCUGCAGGGUGGCAAGAAAUGAAGAAUAGGGAGCCGCGGGAGUGUGCGGGGGAAGGGGUAACUUAUAAGAUGGUAUACUACUACAUAAAAGGAUAAAGUACCCGUCCUGAUUUGGAUACGCA